AUGGCGCGCCAGGCUCCUCAGCGCGGGAAGCCGCUGCUGCCGCUGCUCGCUCUGAUCGUCUCGGCGACGGUCGCCGUCGCGCAGGAUGCAAUCUACCCCGUCACCUACGUGCCGGCCACUCAGAGCCUGAGGUUCGGUCCGGGGUACAUCGCGUUUGUGAACACCGCAACCAGCCCGCCGUCACUGACCGUUGUCGACUCCACUGGCGCGCCUGUCGCGCCCAUUUCUAACGCGGACGGAUCCGCCACUGUGGCCGGGUACACCGCGUACCCGAACGGCACCAUCACUGGUCCGGGCGGCCUUUCGAUCUACAUUGGUGCGGGCGACGCUUUGGUUGCUAUGGGAACAACAACAGCCCUGAAGAACGGAACCAUUGUGGAUGGCUCGGGAAUGAAGCUCGUGCCGUCGAAGAACGCUGACGGGUCGUACACUGCAGGGGGCAUGACUGGGUGGUCCAACGGCACCAUCGUUGGCAGCGGCGGCGCCGUGAUCAACGCCGGCGCGCCGCUCACCCUCACAGCGGACGGCAGCAUUGCCUUCGCCCCCCGGCUUGCUACUCCCGCGCCUGGCGCCGCCAUCUCCUUGGACCCCGCCUCCCGCAGCCUGUCGUUCGGCGGCUACACGGUGACGGUGUCGCUGAGCGGCGAUAAGCUCUCCCUCGUGGACUCCACUGGCAAGCCUGUCGCCACCACCCCCAACCCUGACGGGUCCCGCUCUCUUGGCGACUACAUGCUCUACAGGAACGGCACGAUCGCUGCUCCGGGCGGCAUUGCCAUCCACAGUGCUGGGCCCAACGCGGGGCUGCGUGUGGGAACAACAACGGUUCUGAUGAACGGAACGAUCCUGGACAGUACGGGAGCGAAGAUUGUGCCGACGGGUCCGAAUGAGGACGGGUCGUACAGUGCAGGGGACGUGAAAGGGUGGGCGAACGGCACUAUUAUUGACACCAACACUGCUUCUCCUCCUACUGAUGCCAGUCCCCCACCUGCUGGUUCCACUUCCCCCCCUGCCGGUUCCACUUCUCCCCCAGCUGGUGCCUCUACUCCUGCCGCUCCUCCUCCCCCACCCAAGACUGCUGGUUUGUUCGCUUCGCCGGCCACUGCGCUCACUGCUCUAAUCACUCUCGCCCUUGCCCCACUCAUGUUCAUGUAG